AUGGAUGCUGAACAUCUUGAGAGUAGUGUAAUAUCUGGGUUCCAACUGGCCACUUCAGCCGGACCCUUGUGCGAGGAACCUAUGUGGGGUUUGGCAUUUGUUGUUGAGGCUCGCAUAUCUCCAUUUUCAGGGCAUGGUGAUGAAUCUGAAACGCCCCAGCAAUCUGAGCAGUAUGGCAUCUUUGCAGGGCAGGUAAUAGCAACUGUCAAAGAUGCAUGUAGAGCAGCUAUGCUUCAGAAUAAGCCACGGCUUGUAGAAGCAAUGUACUUCUGUGAAUUGAAUACACCUACUGAAUAUUUGGGUCCUAUGUAUGCUGUACUUUCCCGAAGAAGGGCCCGAAUUUUGAAGGAAGAGACACAAGGAAGACAACCAUGCCUUGCUGCAACUUCUACUGUUAAAGGACACCUUUCUAAUAUUGACGAUAGCCUUUCUGUCCGAAACUUACAGGCAAGUCACUAUGUGUAA